GCCGCGCGGCGGCGGCCGGGACUGUUGGAGCGCGGCGGCGGCUGAGGCGGCCCGGCCGCCCCUGGAGCCGCGGGAGCCUCGGCACCGGCUCAGGUUGCGGUUUAAAUGUCUGAAGAAGGAAGUGAGCCCAGGAAAGUGGAAGUUGCCCUGAGAGACUUCUCAGUGUGAUUCAGAAUGAUUGAGGAGAGUGGGAAGAGGAGGAGGACCAUGGCAGAGAAGAGGCAGCUGUUCAUGGAAAUGAGAGCCCAGAACUUCGACGUGAUCCGGCUGUCCACGUACAGAACCGCCUGCAAGCUGCGCUUCGUGCAGAAGAGGUGCAACCUUCACCUCGUGGAUAUCUGGAACAUGAUUGAAGCCUUCAGAGACAACGGCCUCAACACCCUGGAUCACAGCACGGAGAUCAACGUGUCCCGCCUGGAAACCAUCAUCUCCUCCAUCUACUACCAGCUCAACAAGCGCCUGCCCUCCAGCCACCAGAUCAGCGUGGAGCAGAGCAUCAGCCUGCUGCUCAACUUCAUCCUGGCAGCCUAUGACAGUGAGGGCCAUGGGAAGCUGACUGUGUUCUCAGUGAAAGCCAUGCUGGCCACCAUGUGUGGGGGGAAGAUCCUGGACAAGCUCAGAUAUAUUUUCUCUCAGAUCUCAGAUUCCCACGGUGCUGCUGUUCCCAAGUUUGAGCAGUUCUGCGGGAGGUUGCUGAAGUUGCCCACGGCCGUGUUCGAGGGCCCUCCUUCGGACAGAACCGAGCACUCGGUGCGCACCUGCUUCCCCCAGCAGCCUUUCACUGGGCAAGACAAGCAGUGGAACAUGAGCGGUUGGUGA